AUGGUCAGACUUGUGCUGCUUAUGACAAUUUUGUGUGCACCUAUGACAAUUUUGUGUGCACCUAUGACAAGUGCGGUACGUACUGAAAGUAUUUUGGGAGUUGUUGUUGUUGUUGUAGGUGCCUAUUUUGCACCUAAAAUUUAUUAUGUUCACUUCACCGAAAGCUGUAGUCACCCAUGGGUUAAACCCAACAUGACUGCCGGUUUACAAUCAACCCUUCAAAGGCGGGUGUUUGGUCAACACUUGGUCACAAAGACCAUUCCAAAGGUUCUUGGCGCACAUUUGAAGAAUACGUCGCCUAAAAAAGCAUUAGUGCUUUCCUUCAACGGCGGGACAGGGACGGGAAAGAACUUUGUGAGCAAAAUAAUUGCCGAACAUAUCUUCAAGAAGGGACUGAAGAGUGACCAUGUUCAUCUGAUCAUGGUUACACAUGAAUACCCUCAUCAGCCCAAAGUUGACAUUUACAAGGAACAGCUGCGUAAUCGAGUGAAAGAUUCUGUAACAAAGUGUCCUAGAUCGCUAUUUAUCUUCGACGAAAUGGACAAAAUGCCCACAGGCCUCAUAGAUGUGCUUAAACCAUAUUUAGAUUACCACCCUCCUGAUGCAGGCAAGAUCGAUUAUCGUAAAAGUACCUUCAUAUUUCUUAGCAAUAGAGGGGGUGAUUCGAUCGAUGCGGCUGUUUUAAAACACAUGAAAGACGGAAAGAAACGAGAAGAUUUCAAGAUCACAGACAUACAAAGAGAAAUCCAUCUCGAAGAACAUCGUAACGAAGGUGGACUUUGGCAUUCCUCGCUAAUUGAUAAUUCUGUCAUCGAUCACGUUAUUCCAUUUCUGCCGAUGGAGAGACCUCACGUUAAAAUGUGUGCCAAAGCCGAUUUAGAAGAAAAAGGACACCCAGUCACAGAUUUCAUCUUAAACAUGGUGGCAGAUGAAAUAUCAUACUUUCCAAAUGAUAUUAAGGUAUUUUCUCUGUCUGGUUGUAAGACUAUUUCAGGCAAGGUUGACUAUGUGAUGGGUGACGAACUUUGA